AGGGACUCGGCUAACAGCGGGUCGAGGGCCGCACCGAAGAGCCAUCGAGUGGGUCCGGCCCCGUUCAGAUCCCCGCCUAGAGAUGCAUUCUUCUCUAUUGAAGGCUCACGUCUAGAGAGGGAUAAUCAGGGCCAGUCAAGACCGAACAGCAGACUUUAUGAAGACCCUUUACAUGAUUACUUCCCAAGUAUCUCACUUGAUCACGAGUUCGAUGUCGGUGUUUCGUCUAGAUCUCAUUCGAGAAGUGAGUCGGUGCCGAUUCCUAACGCCGACUCGUUCGAGGCGAGUGAUGCUGAUGUCACAACAAGGAGCACGACAGCGCCCCCUAACGUCGAUUUGUCUCUAAAACUUUCAGAUCUGGCCAACUUGGACAUGAGUGCAAAUGAUAUCACCACCGUCGGCAUCGAAAAGGAACAGGAGAAGUUCAAAGCAACACGGCGUCUGACGAUUUCCUCGGCAAUGGGUGCCCGGCAGCACGGGUCUCCUCGCCCGGCAAGCCUGGGUGGUGCUCGCAGGAAAAGGCUCGAGAGAGAACACGCUUAUCUCCGUAUGAAGUUUCGCGAGCGUCCAUGUUUACGAACUGAAAGCUUUCUGAACCAAGAUCUGGCAGAUGAGGUGAAUGACAUGUCUCGCGAGUGUUGUGACGUACUAGGUCCCAAGGCAUGCCACGAGUGUGACAGGCUCAACAGGCGAAGUAACUCCGCGCUUCGAAAUGAGGCUAACUUUCCGAGCCUCCAUAUCUCAGCGGCCAAUUUCUCAACGAUGACCAUGGUCACUCAAGUCAGGCCCGAUCUCAGCUCCAGGGAGGUGCUUGAAAGACUUGCCCAGGGUGACAUCACAAGACCACAGUCACUCCGACACCGUAAGGGAACCUCGAAAACUGGGAACAACGAAGAGGAUGACGAGAAGUCAACCGAACGAAAGAUCAGCAUUAGCGCUUUUAGCGUCCCAGAUGGACAAGGGUAUUUCACAAACUUCACCGAUCUACGAGAGCAGAUUUUCGCCAGACAGGGCAAAACUCGCAGCAGGGAAAAACGCUUCAACGGUGCCCAGAACAUGAGCAACCUGCCAGUCAUCACGAACGUUGAGAUCGUACCCAAGAAGGAACAUGAGCGGGAAAAUCCAGCCAACUAUUUCGGUCCGCCCAUGAUGUCACGUGAGGAGAUCAAACGUCAGCAGAGCCAGCCUCGCUUCUACGCAGGCGCACAGGGGAAAUACGAGCUCCCGGAAGCGCCCUCGAUAGACGAGAUCGUUCGGCAGGCGACGGGGGCGAGGCACCAGAAGCUCCGGGAGCCAGAGCCGCGCUCGGACACCCCGGACUCGGACAUUUCUUUUCGGAGUCAGAAAUCGCCAAUGCCGGAGGAGAACUUAAGCGUUGAUCAAGGGAAGAUAAAUGAAAGAAAAUCAAACUUGGAUGUAAAUGCUAAUGAAGAAACUAAUGUGUUGGAAUAAUUUUAAAUGAAACACCCAUUGUUCUCAGAUGAGCCUAAACUAUUUUAGUUGUAGCUUCUCUAUACGUAAAAAGGUGUACAACAUAAACACAAUCCAUAACAGACAACUGCCCCCAAAACAGAGAAUAUCAUCUAUAUUCAAUGUGGGGCAGAUACGAACAAUUUUGUGGAAAUUGUGCCUUUGAAUAAGCAUGGAUUUGGCACACAGUUAGGAAUUAUGCCAUGAGAAAUUAAAAAGAUAUUUGGCUUUAAAUAAGACGAUCGCAGAUUUGUCAAUUUUGUAAAAAGUCAAAUUUGUAAAGAGUAUAACAAGCAAUUUUUAAUAAUAGUCAAAAUUACUGACGUCACUUGUUAUUAAACCUUUAUUUUUUAUCAAGGAACACAAUCUGCGAUCACCCUACAGCCAAAUAUCUUUCUGAAGUCCAUGUCUGUAUCAUCAAAGGCACAAUCCCAUCACAAACCUGUCCUGCCGUACUACAAGUCCACUCAAAAACUCCAGAGAAAUCAUAACACGAUGCUCCCGGUAAAAACAGCCACCCCUCCCCUCCCCCUUUGUCGCUCACGAACGCAAUCGCUAAUCUGAUUAGCAAACAUUCGUGUCAGUAUUAUGAAUGUGUUCUUCUUGCUAAACUCGUAAAGAGUUAGUGGAAACACAGAUCUCUCCCCAAAACUACAACCGUACAAACAGUUUGACCAUGGAGGUUUGACAGAGCAUCCAGAUUAAACCCGGUGAGUUGUUAACUACUAGAACAAACACCACUCAAAAGAAGUUUACACUCUUUUGAUUAUACUCACACCAUGCAAAGUUUAAAAUCCUACUUACAAUUAAACUAUUUACAUUCACUUUUUAAAGAGAAACAAUGUGGAAAGAAAGGUUAUUGUUUGCAAUUAAAAAUACAAGAUCUUUGUUCAGUAUUAUUGCCAUCGAAAUUUCCCUUUUCCAAAGUGCUAUUUCUAAAUAAUGUAUACAUUGUAUAAAAUGUGAAAAUUAAUUCUUGUUCCAAUUUGUUUUUUUCUGAAACAAAGUUUUCUGACUUAAAACAAACAGUGAUAUAACAUUUGUAUUAUAUUUAUUUUCAUAUACAUUUUUGAUAUUGACCAGAUUUUUAAACACAAUUUAUUAUCUGUAAUCUUUCUGUAGUCUGAGUGCUUUUUUCAAACUGCUAGUAAAGAUUGUACAUGAUUGGUAACAAAUGUAUUUUAUUCACAUUUUUCGGAAACUGUAUGUAGCUUCGAAAAGAGCACUAAAAUCACCCUGCGAAAUGUAUCAGCCUAAAUAGCGCCACCAAUCGGCAGAUUUAACCAUUUAUACAUGAAACAUGUUUAUAAUCAGAUCUUUAAUUACACGUUAAUUUUUACUACACGAGCAUCAGCAUAUUUUUAUGUCAUUUUCGCAAAAGAGAUUGCUGAUAGCUCGUUUCAAAAGCUAAACAUCGAAACUUGUAUGACAUCGACACUACUAAGUAAUCGUACAUGACAUUUUUUGAAAAUGACGUUUUUAUAGCUUGUGCAAUAUCUCUAUAUUCCUUCUAAUAAUAUUUUCAAAGUAAUAUUUUCUAAGUAACA